UAGGUAUAGGUAGCGCACGCUACCUGCUAGGAACGCGCUAAUCGAACCCCCACCUCAAGUCAGAUCAAGUGAGGUCAUUGGUUGUUACCAAAUAAGUAUAUUUCUGUUGAAUCGUUGCCGUUCGACUUGGUCGAGAUCAGCCUGUACAUAACGACCCUCACGAACAUAAUAUCGAGCGGGGUCGCCAAUCCGCUACGCCAUGUCUGUGACCCUGCACACCAAUCUCGGCGAUCUCAAGAUCGAGGUCUUCUGCGAAAGCGUACCCAAGACUGCUGAGAAUUUCCUCGCUCUCUGUGCCUCCAACUACUACGACCAGUCCCCGUUUCACCGAUUGAUUCCUGGUUUCAUGGUGCAGACCGGCGGCCCUGCGACCCCAACUCCAGAUAAUCCAAAAGGCGGAAAGUCGAUAUGGGGUGGCACAUUUGAGGACGAGAUUCGCCCGGCGCUCAAACAUAAUUCGCGCGGUAUCGUAUCUAUGGCAAACAAAGGAGCGAGCACCAACGGUUCACAGUUUUUCGUCCUGUUUGACAAAGCGCCGCAUCUCGAUGGGCUCAAUACGGUCUUUGGAAAGCUCUUGGGGGAUGACAGCUUGAGGACGUUGGCGAAGCUGGAGGCCAUCGAAGUUGACAAGAAAAACAGACCCAAGGAAAAGGCUGUUAUCGAAAGAGUCACUAUACACGCCAAUCCCGUUGCCGGUUGAGAUUCAGAAUUCGAGACGGCUCUCAUAAUCAACAUGUUAGCAAUACUUCACCUUCGGGGCGCAAGGAGGAGACUCUCUAGAUGUGCCUAUUCCGGAUCUUUCGAUUCGCUAGUAUGCUUGAGCCCUCACGGGAAGCUGUCAUACAGUGUAUCCCUUGGCUAUCACGACUCGCAUGUAUGUGUAUGUGUGGUUUGUGUGUGCGACUAUUCCGAUAGCCGGGUGGAGAUUCUAGGGAACACCCGUCUUUUGAGCUAGGUAUUAUGAAUUGCCGACCCUUCGUAUCAUGACACACCACAAAAGACCGACCUAUCAGGAUUCCGCCAAUACGCCACCUCGGUUGUUUACCAGGGUGCCAGGUUCAUGCGAAGCAUUGAAUCCUUUCUAGUAGAUGGAGGCCGGAACCGCUUUAAAGCGAUGGUCAGAGAUGGUAUAUGGACCCCAUGCGUUUGACCGCCUGGAA